AUGCCAGCGGCGGCGGAGGCCCCGCCCAUAGAGCAAACGCAGCCAAUGGUCGCGCUGAGGCGGGACUUCCGCUGUCCCGCGGAGGGCGGGGGAGCGAACUGUUGUGGUGCGGAGCCUUGGGCGGGCGGCGGCCGGGCGGCCCAGGGGCUGCCGCGGGACUCGGGGCGCAGCCGAGCGGCUGCAGGGGUGGGGCGAGCCGGACGCGCCCCGGGGCCCGGGCGCCGCGGGUUCGAAGCCGGGCCCCGCGCGGGGAGGCCGCGCCACCCCGGGGGAGCUGCCCGGCGGCGAGUUUGCCCCGCAGCCGAAAGAAGGCGGGAGCCGGCGGGGGCCCUGGAAACCCCCUGGCAAGCCGGGUCCAGAGUCCCCGGGGACCGGUUGCUUCCUGGGACGCCCUCCCGGACGCCCCCGCCGAAGGGUAACGGUUCUGGGCCCCCGGCAGAAGGCACCUCCGGGUGA